GGCACACCCGGCCCAGCUCACAGACCCACCCGGCCCAGUUCACAGGCACACCCGGCCCAGCUCACAGGCACACCUGGCCCAGCACACAGGCACACCUGGCCCAGCUCACAGACACACCUGGCCCUGUUGCAGGCACAUUGCUAACAUGGAUUCCCAGCUCUCCUGGCCGGGGGCGCUGUGUGCUGAUGGCGCGCGGAAGCUGUGACUGUGGCAUGUAGGGUCUGUCCUGGGUCGCCUUUCCUAUAGGCUUUUCUUCAGACAGUCGCGUCUUAAGGGCCUUGCCAGGGAGAAUCAUUCUGGAGACACAGGCCUCGUGGCGCCUUUUUGGGGUGCAGACAGCCUGUGAGGGGCUGGUGGGCCAGGGGAUCACGUGGUGUCUGAAGACAGCUGGGCCCCCGUGGUGGGAUGGUCCCUGGAGCCUGGUGGACACUCUGGGGCAGGCAUCCCCAGGUCCGCCCGUCCUGCAUCUCCUUCCUCUCUGGUCUGUGAGCCCACCUUGCAGCUGCCCUGCUCUCUCCAAACCCUCAUUUGAAAAUGCAAAUCGGUAAUGCAGUCCAUCCCCACACCCGCCGUGAAUCCCUCAUCAGUUCCCAACUCCGGAGCCCGCGGGGUCAGCCGUGCCUCAGCAGGGCCUGGCCAGGUGACACUCACACAGUUUCUCCACCUCACCUGCCCACCCACCUGUUCCUCCUACCUCUGGCCCGGGUCCCACCCCGGGGACCAGCUGCUGACAAGCGUCACGUGGAGGGAGCAGGGCUGGAGCCCGCGGGGCCUCCGGCUUGCCGCGUCCACAGCCAGCCACAGUGACGCCUGGUCACGAGGUGCAGGCCCACACGUGGGUACUGUUCGUCCUCGAUGUCUCCAACAUCGGCUGCUCCCCCCACCGUCUUGCUUCUCCCCACAACAGGAAGUCACCUUGGAGAGCUUCCCAUCUGCGUGUAGGGUCUCACUCCUGUUGUUUUUGUUAAAGUAAUUUUCAAGUUACUUUAUUAAGCUACAAACGUGGAGCCCAGGAUGGAGAGCUGGCUCCUGGAGCUCAUCACCACAUCCCCAGUCGUGUCCCCCUGCCCUGAGCCCCGGGGUCCUGGACCGUCCUCACCAGCCACUGAGCCUCUUGAGCUGCACUGCCUUUUCUGUUUGGGGAACUUGUAGGUCCUGAGUUCAGCAGGGCCCUGCUCGGGACCCCCACAAUGCCAGGUUGCCCACUUCCCCCCGCUGACCACUAGCCAUGACUCUGGGGGUGGGUGUUGGUGCUCAGCUCCCGGCUCCCCAGAGCUGCUGGAGGUGGAGGGGUCUUCUCAGCCCCGUGGGGACCCGGGCCCAGCUUUGGGCAUUCACUGGGCUCCUGACGCCAUCAGCCACCCCCCCAACAUGAGCCCCCCUACCCUGGGCCCGGGCCGCAGCCCCCCGGCCCUCGGAGUCUCCGCAGACCCCUGCUCUCGCCUGGGGCUUCCCUCUCCUACUAGACGUCUGUUCGGCCCCCUGGGUGGGGGGCACCCUGGUCAGCAGGCCGGGCGCUGAGGUGGGCGCAGCAGUGUGACCGUUCUGGAUCCCUUCCCCGAGGAUGGUGUCACCCCACCGAUGCCCGGGAACGUGUCACUCGAGGAGCCCCCAGGAGGCUGGCUCAUGCCUCCCUGUGCUGGAGGCUUUGACUGUCGGGGACUUGGCGGCCAGGGCGCCGGGGCUGGAGGGGCCUCGCCGUGUCCUGCAGCAGAUGGACGCUUUGUCCCUGGCAGGCCACAGCCCCUGUCCGCGGGCAGCGGGGGCCUUGGGCAGCCGCCCGCAAAAGCAGGUGACCUCUCGCUGCUUCCUCCCAGUAGCAUGGCUGACAGCAGGCCCAAGCCCCCCAAGCCCGCCAACAAGACGCCCCCCAAGUCCCCAGGGGACCCCGCGAAGGACAAGGCAGCCAAGAGGCUGUCACUGGAGUCGGAGGGUGCCAGUGAGGGGGCAGCCGCCGCGGGCCCAGAGCUCAGCGCCCUGGAGGAGGCCUUCCGGAGGUUUGCGGUGCACGGGGACACCAGGGCCACCGGGAAGGAGAUGCAUGGCAAGAACUGGUCCAAGCUGUGCAGGGACUGCCAGGUGAUCGACGGCAGGAACGUGACCAUCACCGACGUGGACAUCGUCUUCAGCAAGAUCAAGGGCAAGUCCUGCAGGACCAUCUCAUUCGAGCAGUUCAAGGAGGCACUGGAGGAGCUGGCCAAGAAGAGAUUCAAAGACAAGAGCAGCGAGGAGGCCGUCCGAGAGGUGCACCGGCUCAUCGAGGGCAAGGCCCCCAUCAUCUCGGGGGUGACGAAAGCCAUCUCCUCGCCCACCGUGUCGCGGCUCACGGACACCACCAAGUUCACGGGCUCCCACAAGGAGCGCUUCGACCCGUCGGGCAGGGGCAAGGGCAGGGCGGGCCGCGUGGACCUGGUGGACGAGUCGGGCUACGUGCCGGGCUACAAGCACGCCGGCACCUACGACCAGAAGGUGCAGGGGGGCAAGUAGCCGGCGGGGCCUUCUCCCGUCGUCCGGUCCCCCACCGCCUCACACUUCGUUACAUUCCUGUGCUUUGCAGGCAGGACUCGGACCCGGGGCUGGGCGGCCGCGGAGGCUCCAGGCCUGCCUCCCUCCCACCCGGGCCCGCACUCCCCUCCACCCCAGCUUUGGCCCCGACUCACCUUUCCUAACACACCUGCCUCGUGCCCGCCAGGAAGUGGGCAGAUGGCCCUUUCCAAAGUGUCUCUCGGGGCCAGACCACACUGGCCACUGGUUUGCAGCAAAGGGGGCGUUUUAAAGGAGCUGGUGGGCAGACCCUGUCGGGGCGGUGUUGACCCGCAAGCGCCAAGGCACCAACCAGCAGCACCGAUAAAGCAGAGGGAGCCCCAGACAGGGCACCGUGGGGCCCGGAGAGCACCACGGAGGUGUGGGAGGCGGGCAUCACAGUGCACGCUUGCACACCCAGCACACAAACACACCCACGCAUGCACACACACACACUGCGCACACACCGCGCACGCACGCACGCACACGCGCUCAGACGCACAAACCGACCGCCAGGUCUGCGUUGAGGGCGGGCGCCGAGCUGAGGGCUGCCGUGCAAAGGAAGAAGCCUCUGUCGACCAAAGUGACUCCAAGUGUGACGUCACAAGAUUUUAAAAUGGAAACUAAGGGCAGUUCAUUUCACGUCUCUGAGAAGAAAUAGGAAACAGUGAUGCAUGUUUAUUCUCAGAACGGCUCAGGGAAGACUUAGAAUAUCCCGUCUCUGUGACUCCCUCCCAGCGGCCCCUGUGUCCCCGCCCCGACCCGGGAAGACCCCGGGGGCCCUGGGCUAGAGGCUUCGGGUAGUGCGACGGCUCUCUCCUUGUUCCUCUGGCCUCUCUGGAGCCUCCGUGAGCGGCCUGCCCUGUCCUCCCCGCUCAGGAGUGCAGAAACCGCAGGGCAGGACCAGGCCAGGGGAGGGCCCGAGGCCGGUAGCAUCUGCGGGGUUUGGUUUCUCUGAGACGCCGGGGUGGGGGUGGGGCUCCUGCUGUCACAGUGGGCCCUUGGCGGUGUGUCCCUUUGCAUGGACAUGGCCACAGCCCGGCGUGUAACCCUCUGGACCCUGUGGUCCUGGUUUCGGUCCCGGGGAAAGCCCAUGGCAGCCCCCAGGGAUUGCUUUCCGGGCACCCAACCACCCUGCCACUAUCUGUCCUGUGUCCAGCGCAGCAGGCCGGUGAGGACACACGGCCUGGCCCACGGCACAGGUGGCCGUGAGAAAGGCCAGCACUGCCACGGCAGGCACGUUGGUCACAGCUGGACCUGGGACACCUGCCCACCCACAGAGGGGCUCAGGCCAGCGCUCCCAGCCGACAGGGCCCCUCGCACGGGGGGCUCCCCCGGGAUGGCGGGGGGCUCCCCCGGGAUGGUGGUGGCCUCUGCGGGCAGCUUCGUCUUGAGGCACCUCACCGCGCGAUCACCCAGGAAGUGACGGAGCACAGGCAUCCGGGGCACACUGCGAAGAUGUGAAUCGCUGUCAUCUAGGAAGUUUCUAAAACUUGGGGAUCCGAAGCUGCCCGGCCAGGCCCCCAAUCCGCCACCAGGAAACAGGCCCGAGGGCUAGGGGAAGGCAGGCAGGAGGCCGGCCCCGCCCCGGGCUCCUCUCCUCCCUCCAGAGGCAAGAGUCACCUGGGGAAUCGCGUCUGCAGAGAACUCUGAACGUGCAGAGUGUUUGUGGGCACUAAGCUGAUCACAGAUGGCAAAGCCCGUGUUCCAGUGCCAGCCGGUUCCUCUCUGUGGACUCGGGACAGGACUCCUCCCCAGACCCAUCCUCUGCCCAGCCGCCGUGGGUCUCCGCCUGCCUGACAGCCCAGCGCCCCGCACAGCCGUCCCGCGGCAGGACACGGGUCCAGCCCUCCCAGCCGGUCAGGGGCUGGCCUGCCCAGGAGCAGACGGGAGGCGGACUGAGCAGAAGAAGCCACGCCAGUGGCGUCCUGGGACGCUUCCUCACGCUGCCCCCCGCCCUGGGGCCAACGCCACCCGCAGCAGGAAACCCAUCUUCCCGAUGGCUACGGCGGCACCUCCCCCUUGGGUUAAGGAAAGUCUAGCGCACACAGCUGCCCCCGCCCCGGCCCCGCGCUCGCGGGCUCCCGAGCUGCGGAGGCCGAGGCGUCUGGCUGGGUCUCAGGUGUCCCCAGCCCGCCUGAGGCCUCCUUCCCAAAGGGUAGCCCUGGAAACACAUCUCCCCACUCAGGGCAGGAGGAAGCGGUGGCCCCCUCCCCGUCGGCUCCGUCACGGCAUCUGUGUGUAGCCCAAACACAGCACGGCGCUCGGGCUCCAAGCUCUGCACAGACACACGUGCCUCCCUCAGGCUCUGGGUGCUGUGGACAAACAGGCAGGUGUGCGCCUUCGCUGCAUGUUCUAUGCAACACCCAUUCGCUUCUACUAACUGUGGUUAACUAGAAACUACGUGUCUCUCUGUGAACGAAGGAAACUGCACAGCAAGCCCAGCAGGAAGCAGGGGCCCAUGGUCAGGGUGCACCACGCUGACAGCGCCGAGCGCCGGGACAGCAGAGCGAGCGUUGGAGGACAUCGUGCCACAGUACUUAUUUAUUUCUAUUUAAUGCUGUAGGAUGAGCACCUAGGCGGUGGUCAGUUCACCAGAAUUGAAGUUCAAAUUACGUACGUUUAAAAUAUAGGAAGAGAUCUAUAUUUAUACUGGAGUAUUUUUACACCUCGAGUAUCCUCAGUCUUAAGGUUUGAGGCCAAUGAAAGUUACAGUCAGGAAGAGGCACGGGGAGCUCCAGCGGCACCGCCUAAGCUGCGCUACGUCCACGCCCCAGUGGCCGAGAGCUCAGGGCAGGCCGAGGCGUCCCUCUGAAGCACCCAGCGGACAGAGGCUCACACACCCGAAGCCUGGGCCUGCUCAGCCACCGGCUGCCGCGGAUCAAGCCUCAACGGCACACGGCCCUGCCGCGCACCGCGCACCGCCCGUGGCUGCUUCUGUGGCUACGCCGGCGGCAGGGAGAUCGGUCACAGACGCCACGGCCCACGAACCCUGCAACAGCCACUGCCUGGACCUUUAGGGGAGGCUGCUGCUGCUGUCCCCACCCCUGAGGACCCAGCAGGCUCCCUCCUCUGGGAAUGUUCCCGCGCGAGCUGGCACACCCCGUCCCACAGUGCACGCAGGUGGGGACACCACUGUCACCUGUUCCGUCCACUCAGGUUGACAAUUCAGCUGUACUGUGAAGUCACCACAAGGCUAGCAUGUCCUUGGAACUCUGACCCUCAGUAGCUUCCCUCUGCUGACUGACUACUGAGCCCUCCGUGAAAUCCCGUGGCUCGGGUGUGGCCUUUGUCCGUGGGAGUGGAGAGUGUGGCCAGUGGUGGCCCCGGGCACUCCUGGGAGGUGGUCGCCCUGCACUUUGAGAUGCUUUAGUUAACUUUCUCUCUUCCCCAAACCAAGCCAAACAACAAAGGAGAUGCACAUAACUCAAACUUGAAAGGGAUCAUAUGCUACUAGUUUGUACUAAGUUUUUUUCAGGAAAGGGAAAUAAAUGUAUAUAUAGAUGCGAUCUAUUUUUGCACUGUUUUCUUACUGUUAGGGAGCGAUGAGGGCAUCACUUUGCAGUGUGAUGGGACAAGCAGUGUGGACGUCACGGGUGCUCUGACUCAGAACCACACUCACCAGGAACUCUGGGGGCGUCUGUAGGGCCGAGGUGUGGUGUCACCUGUCAGUUGCGGGGCAAGGCCUGGCUUGCAAACCUGUGGUGAAACAGCCCCUGUCUGUCUGCAAACCUCCUCGUGUGUUCCCUGUUGUUAACACUGUGUCAGAUUGGUAAAGUGACAAAUAAAGGUGUUGAAUCGUG